CCUUGCAUUCCAGUCUCAUUUUGCUCUGCCCUUUGCAAUCAUCUUCCUUCGGUUCCUUUGAUCAUUUCCAAACAAGAUAACAACAUGGCUGAAAUUGCAAUUGCAGCUGCAGGCAUGUUUAUCUCUCCCACUGUCCAAGUGUUUUUUGAAAGAAUGGCGUCGGGCGACUUCAUUGACUUAUUUCGAGGACGAAAUGUACUUGAUGACAGGCUCUUAACGAGGUUGAAGAUAAAAUUGCUGUCCGUGAAUGCAGUGCUUAUGGAUGCGGAGGACAAGCAAUUUACAAGGCCUGAUGUGAAAGUGUGGGUUGAUGCUGUCUAUGAUUCUAUCUAUGAUGCUGAGCAAGUCUUGGACGAGAUUUCUACAAAAGCCCAGCAACGCAAGUUGGAUGCUGAAUUUGGAAACUUUGGAAGUAAGGUACGCAACUCCAUCUCUAGAUCUACUUCUCGUUUUGUCAAGAAGGUAGAAAAACAGAUAGAAGAGCUACUUGGCACACUAGAUUUUCUAGUAGAUCAAAAGGAGAAUUUAGGUUUGAGAGAAGGUGUUGGAGGGAAUCCAUCAGAAAGACUGCCCACCACUUCUUUGGUCGAUGAAUCUGGUAUUUUUGGUAGAGAUGAUGAUAAGAAGGCAAUAAUUAACUCGCUGCUCUCAGAUGGUGCAAGUGGCGAUAAGACGGGUGUGAUUGCCAUAGUCGGCAUGGGGGGAAUUGGUAAAACUACCCUUGCGCAGCUUGUUUACAAUGAUGAAAUGCUGAAGGACCAUUUUGAGCAUAAAGCAUGGGUUUGUGUUUCAGAUCCAUUUAACGUGUUCAUGGUCAUGAGAACAAUUAUAGAGGCAGUAACUCGAUCACCUUGUGAUAUUAAGGAUAAUUUAGAUCAACUUCAAAAUGAUCUCAAGGAGAGAUUGACAGGAAAGAAAUUCCUAGUUGUUUUAGACGAUGUUUGGGAGAAGAAUAAUGCCAAAUGGGUGGUCUUACGUAAUGCUCUUAAAUUUGGGGCACAAGGAAGUAAGGUUAUUAUAACAACACGUGAUCAUGAGGUGGCAAGAAUCAUGGAUGGUAAAGACCAUCCUAUAACGGAUUUAUCAAAAGAAGAUUGUUGGUCACUAUUUGCAAAAUAUGCAUUCCCCAAUGGUAACUUUAAUGCAUAUCCACAACUUGAAGAAAUAGGAAGCCAAAUCGUAGAGAAGUGUAAAGGCUUACCUUUAGCAAUCACGGCAAUUGGGGCUCUUUUGCGGUCUAACUUAUGUGUUAAUGAAUGGGAUAAGAUAUUGAGAAGUGAAUUGUGGGAUUCACCAAUUAAACAUACAGACAUCCUUCCUGCUCUAAUUUUAAGUUAUAAAUAUCUUCCGCCACCUGUAAGGCGAUGCUUUGCAUACUGCUCCAUAUUUUCAAAGGAUCAUGCUUUCAGAAAAGAUGAAUUAGUCUUAUUGUGGAUGGCGGAAGGUUUUUUGCCACAACUCCAAAACAUAACAAUGGAAGAAGUUGGUGAUGAUUACUUCCUUGCUCUUGUAUCAAGAUCAUUAUUCCAACGAUCCAAGAGCAAAAAGUAUGAUGAUGAUAAAUAUGUAAUGCAUGAUCUUGUCAACGAUUUGGCAAAGUUUAUAUCUAAAGAGUUUACUUUAUGCCACAAAGAUGACAAUUCUCGUGAAAUUCUAAGCAAGACUCGUCAUUUCUCUUCUUCUGAAAAUUUUGAUAUUAAGAAGUUAGAGACCUUUCACGAAUCUAUGAAGUUGCGCACUAUCAUAGAGUUAGAAUAUUUAAAAGGUUUCUCAAAUUUUUAUUACAGAUAUGGAAUCAAAUUUUUAUCACCGAUGAUAAGAUGCUUACGGGUUCUUAUUCUAUCUGGGGGGAUAAAGGAGUUGCCAGACUCAAUUGGUAAAUUUAAACAUUUACGUUAUUUGACCAUUUUUGACACUCACAUUGAAAGGUUGCCUGAUUCGAUAUGUAAGUUGUGCAAUUUGCAAAUAUUGAAUUUAUCACAUUGUUACUGUCUUGCUGCCUUGCCAAGAGAUAUGCAUAAACUCAUUAAUUUGCGUUAUCUUAAUAUUGCUAAAACAGGGAUAAUGGAAAUGCCGAUAAAUCUGGGUAAACUUAAAUGUCUUCAGACAUUAUCUACAUUUAUCGUUAGCAAUAGUGGAUGUGGCAUUGAAGAGUUAGGGAAACUUACAAAUCUUCAGGGAUCACUUUCUGUUUUGGAGCUCCAAAAUAUUGAAUCUCCAAUGGCUGCUAAGGGCAGAAACUUGAGGGAUAUGAAGUACCUUGAGAAUUUGGUAUUGGAGUGGAAAGGUGAUACUAAUGCUUCAGAAAGUCAUAAAAUCGUACUUGAUAGUCUCUGGCCCCAUUCAAACUUGGAAAGCCUCAUUAUCGAAGGCUAUGGGGGCACAAGUUUUCCAGACUGGGUUGGGAAUGCUUCAUUCUCUAAUAUAGCAUCUCUUCUUCUAGAAAACUGUAAAUUUUGUGGUAGCUUGCCACCACUUGGGCAACUACCCUCUCUGCGGGACCUCUGGAUUCUUAAGUUGGAUGGAGUUGUUACGAUAGAUCGUCAGUUUUAUGGCAGUGGAUCCCCUUCGAUGAAGCCAUUUGGAGCCUUGAAAUCUCUCUGGUUUUCUGUUAUGUUGGAGUGGAAGGAAUGGUCUCAUUUUGAGGUUGAAAACGAAGGUCGAGCUUUUCCUAAUCUUAGAGAUCUUACGAUUCGUGAUUGCCCUAAGCUUACAAGUGGGUUGCCCGCCCAUCUUCCUUCUUUAGCCGAACUUUCCAUUGAUAAUUGUCCCCAGCUGGUGGCUUCAAUCCCUAGGGCUUCUUCUCUAUGUAAACUGGAGUUUACAGAUUGCAAUACGGUUCUAUUAAACGAAUCGCCGAUUGGAAUAAAAAAGCUUAGCAUCAAAAGCUGUUGGAAGUUAGAGCUUCCAAUCCACCUGAACUAUUCAUCCCUUGAAAAAUUGACCUUGGACGGUUGUGGUUUUCUUAAGUCCUUUCCAUUGUUCCCAAAGCUUCGCCGUCUGGAAAUCUGGAAUUGUGAGGAUCUAGAAUCUCUUACAGUUGGAGAACAACAUGAACAAGAUUUACUCCUCUCGCAGAUAAAAAUCAGUCUGUGCCCUAAUUUUGCAUAUUUUCCACAUGGAGGAUUGCGGGCCCCUAACCUUAAAGAUUUUACGAUCAACGAUUGUAGGAGUCUUCAGUCACUACCUGAAAAGAUGCACAUCCUUCUUCCCUCUCUUGAGGAAUUGUAUAUAGAAGAUUGUCCACAAGUUGAGUCGUUUCCUGAAGGGGGCUUGCCUUCCAAUUUGAAUGAAAUUUUCAUCUACAAUUGUGACAAACUCUUUGCGAGCCGGUUGGGGUGGGGUUUGCAAACUCUACCGUAUGUCAGAAGAUUCUCAAUCAGUGACAAAUCUGAAGAUGCGGAGUCCUUUCCAGAUGAGGGGUUGCUGCCUACCAAUCUUACCAAUCUUUUCAUCGAGCAUUUUCCAAAUUUGAAAUAUUUGGACACGAAGGGGCUUCAACACCUCACUUCUCUUGAAGAAUUGGAGAUCAGUUACUGCCCUAAGUUAGAGCGCAUGUCAAAAGAUGGGCUACCUGCCUCCCUUUCUACUCUAAGGAUCUUGAACUGCCCUAAGUUUGAGUGCAUAUCAGAAGAUGGGCUGCCUGCCUCCCUUUCUACUCUAAGUAUCUACGAUUGUCCUUUGUUGGAGAAAGAGUUGGAAAGGAAAGAAGGAGAAGAAUGGGUCAAGAUUGCUCACGUCCCCAACAAAUAUAUUGGAUGAGCUAAGAGUCCAGCAAGAGUCUCCACUUUCUUUCAUAAUAUCCACUUUUACAGUCAGGAGAACAUCGAGAGAACAUAAUUUCUUCAUUUCCAAACGGAAUAAAUAUCUAUGAACCCCCAUCCUUCAUUGUCAUGGAUAUGCUCUUUCUCUUCAUACUCACUAUCUUUCCCGUGUUCAUUAUUGCUGACCUAACAUCCGACAAGAAAGCCCUCCUUGAUUUUGUUGCUAAUAUCCUUCAUGCCCGAAAACUCAAUUGGAAUUCUGCGUUGAAUAGAAUAGAAAGAAAAUGAACCAAAAGCACCAAAGAACUUGCUUAAUGGCAACUUGUCAUCUGGAGUGAAAUACAAGAUGUACUUGUGUGCUCAUAGCUUUGCUGCAGAUGGUCAACUGCUCCUAGGCAUUUUUUUUUCGCGUCUUCUCUUUAUCAAUUAAUAUGUCAUCUUCAAAGAGUAGUUGAUUUUGCCAUUUUGAAUUCAUUAGCAUGACAUUGGCUCUGCAGCAUUGGUACGGGAUCAGGGUUGGUUGAUGAUGCGAUGGGUUCAAAUCUCAUGGAUCGAGGCUCCUCUGAGAACUCUGAAAUGGUGAACGUUCUGUUGGGAUGUCUUUUUGCUUUGGUCGCAAACUUCUCUGUUGCAGGUGUUCCAACUGGUGGUUCAGAGGUUUAUGUACACAACUUAGUUACUGAAGACAGUUUGAUCAGUCAAUUGGCAAAAUUGACUGAUACAUCUUUCUCAAAAACCAUAUGGAUUUGAAGAGAGUGUUGACCCAGCGUUUGAUGAUGAUGCCCAACGUGCUUUAGUUGUUGAAGAUUACAAGGGCCAAGGGGGUAGUUGCACAAUGCAUAUCUGCAAGUAAAAUGACUGAUGCUUUUGGGGUGCAUCCUUUUGCAAGAGCUAAAGCCUCAAACUCCUCUACUGGAGUUUGUGAAGGUAUUCAAAGCAAUGGGUCAGGCUUGGGAUUUGAUCAGGUAUUAUGUAACCUUUUGAGGCCAAGGAUGUUGCUGAUGGAGGACAGAUUAAGACCUAUGAAACCUUUCUGGGGACCAAGUUAUUGGUAUUCAGUUGAAUGAUGCUUUUUCAAUGGCAUCUCUCCUGGUGUUGUGGUGUGCCUUGAAUCAAGUAAAGUAGGCCCAGCUGUGUUGGAGUUGAGUUGGCCGACUCAACUAUCUCCAAGUCCUCCUAGGUGUAGGAGUUUUGGAAGCUUAUAAAAGGGCAUGUAAUGUUCAGAAUUUUAUGGGGUGCAAAACUUGACAUAGAUGAGGCUGGGGAGGUGGCUGCUCAAUGAAAAAUUGACACAGUUCUGUCCUUUUUCCUUUUAAAAACGGCAAGGAGGUGGACAAGGUUGUUGGAAUAGACCCAAUUGCACCACUCACGCAGGAACAAGAAGCACUAGAAUUCAUAUUCUGAUCCAUAAGAUUUUUCCAGCGGUGACAUGCAAGAGAGAGAAAAGAGACAGAAUUUACGUGGUUCGGUCUAUGACUUACGUCCACAGGAUAAAGCUCAAAGGGCUACAUUGUGCUCAAUAACUUGUUUGUCUACAAUACAAAGUUCCUCUAGAAGCUCUGAAGUGGUAUAAACGUCCCAUUGGUGUCUUUCUUUGCUUUGGUGGCAAGCUCUUCCGCCUGCAUGUGUUCCAGCUGGUGGUUCAGAGGUUUCUACGCACAACUUAUACAAGUUUGUCAAUCUCUAGUGUUAACUUUGCUACUGGGGAUACUGCCGAUUGUUCAGAACAAUUGCGACAAGAACCAGAUGGGUUUGAGGAAUGUGUUGACACAGCAUUUGAUGAUGAUGUCCAAUGUACUUCAACUGUUGGAGAUUACAAAGGGACAGUUGCACAAGGAAUAUCUGGAAAUAAAGUGGCAGAUGCUUUAGUUUUUGCUCACAUUGAGAGCACGCGUGAUAUCGAUGCUUAAAGAUGAGCCUUUCACCUUACGUAAAAGGUAGUGAGGUUGAAUUACACAGGCCCUUCUGCAAAACUCAACAGAGCCAUCAUAUAUGCUGAAGUUGUUCCUGUUUGUGCUUUGCUUUGCCCUAGGCCACCAAUGGCCUAUCAUCACAAGAAUUCUCAAUGAGACAUCAAAAACCUGCGUGCAAAUUCAGCGGAGAAGUAAAAAAGGGGCAGAUUCCUUCUGGUAUUUCAUAAUACACUCGAGGAAGGCACUGCUCAAUGGCAUUAGCCCAGCUCAAAAUCGAAUUCAAAUACAACAUGAAAUAUUAGUGUGAGGAAAUAAGAGUGUGUGUAGCAUUACUCAGAAAAAUUCUGUCAAUUCAAUUUCUAAAAGUAUCAUGUAUCAUUUAGCAUGUGUGAAGUACACGUUUUUUUAUUACUUUAAAAAACAUGUGUUUUACACAUGCUUAAUGGACACAUGAAGCGUUUAGAGAGAGUAUUGGAGGAACUCAUACUACUCAGUUUGUAAGAAAUUUAUAUCUAAACGAAUAUGCUUCUCAAACAAAUUUUUAGAAGUUGCUAGUGGAUGUACUCCUCGGGACAUUGAUAGUACGGGUGUCAAUUUGUGUUCGAGUGUUGAGUUAGAGUCAUAUCGAGAUAUAAAUAUAAUACUAUAUA